AUGAUUCGACAAACUAUCCAUGGAUUUUAUGCGGAAAAAAUGUAUCCUUCUUUGGAAAUGAUUUAUAAAAAAUUACAAGAGUGUGAACACAUUCCCGAUUUCAAGUUAACGACACUUAAAACUUGGUGUAAAAAAUUGAACUUUUCUCCAAAGAAAUUUAGCAAAAAAUCCGUUUGGAUAGAAAGCGUAUCGAUUGCCGCACAAAGAGAUACUUAUCUUCGUAAAAUAACGGAUUAUCGGAAAAAUGAUUACAACAUUUUUUAUACCGGCGAAACUUGUUACGAUACUAAUUAUUCUAAAAAAAGUGGUUGGAUUGCAACAAUUGACUUUAAUUUGGAGGGUGUCCAAAGUAAUUGCAAUGAAAAAAAGGAAAUUUCAAGUUCAGGAUCAGGAAAAGUUAUAAUUUUAGACAUUGGUGGAGUUGAAGGAUUUGUUCCAGGUUGCAGACUUUUUUUUACUGAAAAAAAGGACGCAGAUAAUAAAGAAGUAAAGGUUGAAGAUUAUAUAUGGAAUGGUUUCAAAAAGUAUUGCAAGUAUUACCGAAUAAGUCUGUAA